GCGGCCUCAUGUCUAAGACGCUGCGGAGGAAGCGCCACUGGCUGAGCAAGGUGCAGGAGUGCGCCGUGUCCUGGGGGGGCGGCUCCGGCCCGGACCCCGACCUCCUGCGGGGCGGCGCCGAGCGAGGAGAGUUCCCCUACCUUGGUGCCCGCCUGCCGACGCUGGCCGAGUCCGGCGGUGGGUCUGGCUCAGUCUUGCUCUCGGGGAAGCCUCCCAUUCCCGGGGACGUGCUGCUGGAGGUAAACGGCACUCCGGUGAGCGGCCUCACUCACCGCGACACCCUGGCCGUCAUCCGCCACUUCAGGGAACCGGUGCGCCUCAAGACUGUGCGGCCAGGCAAAGUCAUCAACAAAGAUUUGCGUCACUACCUAAGCUUGCAGUUCCAGAAAGGUUCUAUUGACCAUAAACUACAACAGGUGAUCAGAGAUAAUCUCUACUUGAGAACUAUCCCAUGCACUACAAGAGCUCCGAGAGAUGGGGAAGUCCCUGGGGUUGACUAUAAUUUUAUUCCUGUUGAACAAUUUAAGGCACUAGAAGAAAGUGGAGCCUUGCUAGAAAGUGGAACAUAUGAUGGUAAUUUCUAUGGUACGCCUAAACCUCCAGCAGAGCCCAGCCCAUUUCAGCCAGAUCCAGUGGACCAAGUGCUUUUUGAUAAUGAUUUUGACCCAGAAUCUCAAAGAAAAAGAACAACAUCUGUCAGCAAGAUGCAGAAAAUGGACAGUUCCCUUCCUGAAGAAGAGGAAGAAGAAGAAAAAGAAGCAGUUAAUGGUAGUGGAGGAACAGAAAACAAAGAGAGACAUUCAGAUUCUUCUGACUGGAUGAAGCCUGUUCCUAGUUACAAUCAGACAAGUAGUUCCAUGGAUUUCAGAAACUAUUUAUCAAGGGAAGAAAAUCUAGAGCCUCUGCCUAAGAAUUGGGAGAUGGCCUACACAGACACAGGCAUGAUCUAUUUCAUUGAUCACAACACCAAAACCACGACCUGGUUGGAUCCUCGUCUUUGUAAAAAAGCCAAAGCUCCUGAAGACUGUGAAGAUGGAGAGCUUCCAUAUGGUUGGGAGAAAAUAGAAGACCCUCAAUAUGGGACAUACUAUGUUGAUCAUAUUAACCAGAAAACCCAGUUUGAAAAUCCAGUUUUGGAAGCGAAACGGAAAAAACAACUAGGACAGAUGGAUGGAGGCUCUUCAAAUCCAGAGCCAGUGAAAUCUCUCUUCACUCGGGAUCCAUCCCAGUUGAUAGGAGCACUCAUACGGACAUCGUUGAAGAAAAGCACCAUGGGAUUUGGCUUCACAAUAAUUGGUGGGGACAGACCAGAUGAGUUUCUGCAGGUGAAGAAUGUACUGAAAGAUGGACCUGCUGCACAGGAUGGCAAAAUUGCACCAGGUGAUGUCAUCGUAGACAUAAAUGGUACAUGUGUCCUUGGCCAUACCCAUGCUGAUGUUGUCCAGAUGUUUCAAUUAGUUCCUGUUAACCAGUAUGUGAGUAUGACUUUGUGUCGUGGAUACCCUCUUCCUGAUGAAAAUGAGGAUCCUGUUGUAGAUAUUGUUACAGCCACUCCUGUCUUAAAUGGCCAGCCAGUAGCAAAAGGAGAUACUUGUAUGAUCAAUCAGGAUUUAAUAUCUGGAACAAUGGUUUUGGACCAGAAUGGAAAACCAGGACAUAUCUUGGUCAAUGGACGCUUGAAUGGCCCUUCCACUGACCUCAGUGAACAGAGGGCCUCAGUGUCCUCUUCAGGAUGCUCUCAAGCAGAACUGGUCACAAUUCCUCUGAUCAAGGGACCUAAAGGGUUUGGAUUUGCUAUAGCUGAUAGCCCUGCAGGGCAGAAGGUGAAGAUGAUUUUAGACAGCCAGUGGUGCCAUGGCCUUCAGAAAGGGGAUAUAAUUAAAGAGAUUUAUCAUCAGAAUGUACAGAACUUGACACAUCUUCAGGUGGUAGAAGUGCUGAAGCAGUUUCCAGUUGGAGCAGAGGUGCCGCUGCUUAUUCUAAGAGGAGGGCCUUCUUCACCUGCUAAAACUUCAAAUGUUGUGAGCAUUGAUAAUAAAAUAGAUAACCUGGAAAAUUCAGGAAGCCAAGAGGCAAUCAAUGAGUCAGUCCCACAGCCUAUGCCUUUUCCACCUGCUGCUGUGAGGUCAGCUUCCCCAAAGCUAGACCCUUCUGAAGUCUAUCUGAAGUCUAAAACAUUAUUUGAAGAUAAACCUCCAAACACAAAGGAUUUGGAUGUUUUCCUUCGAAAGCAAGAGUCUGGCUUUGGCUUCCGGGUUCUUGGAGGAGAUGGUCCAGAUCAGACAAUCUACAUUGGAGCCAUCAUCCCACUGGGGGCAGCAGAAAAAGAUGGUAGACUGCGUGCUGCUGAUGAGCUUGUAUGUAUUGAUGGUAUCCCAGUCAAAGGCAAAUCACACAAGCAAGUUCUGGAUUUAAUGACCAGUGCUGCACGAAAUGGCCAAGUGCUGUUGACUGUUCGCAGAAAGAUCUUCUUUGGUGUAGAUAAACAGUCAGAAGAAGAGUUGUCUUCCCAAGUUCCCAUCUCCUCCCAAAAUGGCUCUCCUAGGCCAAACCGAGUAGAGCUACUCAGCAAGCAAUUUCCAGAGAUCUAUGAUGUUGUGCUGCAGCGGAAAGAGAAUGAAGGAUUUGGUUUUGUUAUCCUUACCUCAAAAAACAAGCCACCACCUGGUGUGAUUCCGCAUAAGAUCGGCCGUGUCAUUGAAGGGAGUCCAGCUGAUCAUUGUGGAAAACUGAAAGUGGGAGACAGAAUCUCAGCAGUGAAUGGUCAGUCAAUCAUAGACCUCUCCCAUGAAAAUAUUGUGCAACUGAUCAAAGAUGCAGGAAACACUGUCACACUCGCUGUUGUUGCUGAGGAAGAGCACCGUGGUCCCCCAUCAGGAACAAAUUCUGCCAAACAGAGUCCAGCUCUACAGCACCGACCUAUGGCAUCAGUACCAGCCAGCUCUAUGCCCACCGACAGGGGUGCUACAGAAGCUAAUGCUGGAAAAGAGCAGUGCAACAGUUUCAGGCACUUCUCACCAUCAGAAGGUGUUGCAUCUGUUGUAGGGAGCAAACAUUCUCAGAGCCCCGGAUGUUAUCCGGUAGAACUCGAGAGAGGUCCUCGAGGCUUUGGAUUUAGCCUUCGUGGAGGGAAGGAGUAUAACAUGGGGUUGUUUAUUCUUCGGCUUGCUGAGGAUGGGCCUGCCAUUAAAGAUGGGAGAAUUCACGUUGGUGACCAGAUUGUUGAAAUUAAUGGGGAACCAACCCAAGGAAUCACCCAUACACGAGCCAUUGAAUUGAUUCAGUCUGGAGGGAAUAAAGUUCUACUCCUUUUGCGACCAGGAACUGGCUUAAUACCAGAUCAUGGUGAUCUGGAUAGUUUUAAUCCAACAUCCUCAAGUGUAACACAUGGUGAACAGACACCACUUCCCUCAUCCUCACAUUCUGCUUCCACAUCUGAAGCAUCUCAUUUGCCAGGAUCAGAAGAAGCUUUAAUGAAAGUUCAGAUGUCUGAGAAACUGGAAGAACUGAAGAACACUGUGCCUGAAAAGAAAAGCACUUUAAUGGAAAACCACUUGGAAAUAAAGAAUGCAACUUGUACGCAAAGGAAUGUGAAUGAAGGGGACCAUCCCUUCAGUCCAAGUAAUCAGGUGGUGCAGAGUACUGCACAGUUAGCAGUGGGCAAUGCAACCAGCAGAGGCAGAUCAGCUAGUCCCCAAAAGCCGAGCAAUAGUACUUCCAAAGGCCAUAAUAAAGCACCAUGCAACAGCCCUAGAAAGGGUGAACCUAAAGACACACACAGAGAUUGCUUAGACCAACCACAAAGUCCCAGAAGACAUGAAAGUAAGCACCUGGGAACCUCUGAGAAUGCAAGUACUGGAAAAGUCCCUGCCAGGGAAAAGAGAGGUAGAUCUGCCAGUCCCCAGAAAUAUCCAAAGAGAGAGAGAAGCAAACUGAACACAGAACAAGGGUUAACAGAAUUUCAAAGUAGAACACCUGCUGCUGAUAAAAACACUACUGUGCUGCUAAAAGGUGAAAAAGUGAAAUUAGGAGCCAUGAAGGAAGCCACAAAGCAAAACACGUUUGGGAAGGAUGAGAAACGCCCUUCAAAGACAACACAUACCAAGUCAGGGGAGCAAUCUCCUCCAUUUUCUAAGACUAAUCAACUUGGAAAGAAAGCAUUGGAAGAUGAGAAAAUGAAAAGCGCUAAUCAAAUCAAACUGGCAGGUCUUCCUGAUGAUUCACUACUUUCUGGAGAUAAAAACAUUACACUCGAAGCAGAAGAGCCUGCUCUGAACAAAUUCAGAGACAAUGACUUGGAGGCAGCUGAUAAAACCAAAGAGGAUGGGAUUUUCAAAUCUGAGAGCCGAUCUCCAGAGAAGAAAACUAUAACUCCUGGACCUUGGAAGGUGCCAAGUGCAAGUAGAGUCACAAAAGCAACGGGUUCGACUGACAAACGGGUUUGACUGACAAAUGUUUUUUAGAACAUAUUUUAAUCAGGUUUCUAAUGUGGUCAUUUAAACAGUUUUUCUUUUCACAAAACUCUCAUUUUUUCCCAGACACUGUGAUUGACAGAAUGGAAAGUACAUUUGAUUUGAUCAUUACUAGGCUGCAUGAAGGACCUUUUGGAUUGCAUAUGAGAAACUGUCUUCAAAAGCUGCUGUCCUUUUGUUCCCUUUGAAGGUGGUGUCCUGCUGCUCCUGAUGUUGCACUGCUAAGGCUUUCUGAUAGUAUUGUGGGUUAAUGAACAAAAUUAUUUAAUGCCUAUUAUUAGUGUAAUCAUGACUCAAUACUUGUUCUCGUGCCAAGUUAUCUACUGUAUCCUGUUGAAUCUCCUCCUGCAUUUUCCACUGCCACAGAAAAGGAUUUUGUUUAAAAAUGAGUGUUUAUUCAGGCAUGCUGCAUGUUUACAUAGGGAAUACUUCUGAGUUCUCACUGCUCAAGCAAGAAGUUGGGUGGGCUUGGUUCUGUUGGCUCAGUGGAGCCAGGGGGCAAAGUCACCCAAAGGCCUUCUUCACAAAGCUCUUCUUCUCGUCCCCAAACAUGUCAAUACCAGCAAAAUAACUUCAAACAGGACCAGUACCCUUUAUUUAUAAUGUGUGGUAGAUUGUCAUUUUGCUCUAUAAUAAUUUUGUUUGAGUUGAUGCCAUCUUGAACACAUGAUACAAACUGAAAUCCGAAAGCUGAGAACUUUUGAAAUCACAACAAUGCAUUCUAUCAAUUUCAGUGAAACUGCAUGGAAACAAGUGAUUUCAGGGUUGCUAUAAAAUUAUUUCCUGAUCUUUUUUUUAAGAACACUUUAACAUUAGAAAUUAAACAUGCAGAGAGUGCAUAUGUUUCCAAGCUUUCUGUCAUGCUGUUUGUCAGAAUCUCCCAUCUGUUGUUUGGUUGUUGUUUUUGCUUAAUGCUGGCUAAACACUUGAAAAUUUCCUGCCUUGCCUGAAAAUUGAAGAUCUUAAAUCUCAGCAAGCAGAGUAAACCAGAACCAAUCCACCAAAGUCAACUUCUUAAAAAUUGUCCUUGCUUGUGCCUAUUAAUAGAAACCUGUUAUAUUUUGCUUCCCAUCUUUGUACAUAAAAUUUCCAAUUUUAAAUGGCAUCCAUGAAACUUCUCUUUUGCUUCUGCAUGUGUGUAAAUAAUAAUAGUGAGAAAUGUUAACAUUGGAGCACAUUUGCACCUCAUACAUGUAGGUAAUUGGGGUGAGGAUGGGGAGAUGCCGUGCUGUAAGAAAUGAAAUCCUUUGGAUUUAAAAUAACGUUAGCAGUGGAUCUGGUUUCCUUUGAAUGAGCUUGGAUGACCAGUGUUCCCCAGUUACUGCAAAAUAGCAAAACAAAAGAAGAAAUAUUUUCUGGACCCUUACAUUACGCUGAAUAAAAGCUUUUCAAAUCUUGUCAGUGAACUUUCCCUAUAGGUAACUAAAUUCCAGGAAAUUAGUGGGUAGGUUAUGAUUUCUUUCUUCUAUAUUUCUAGUCUUGUUCCCAGGCAUCAUUUUUUUUUCAGGCUUCCCCUUUCCGUUCUUUUCUAUGACUUGGAUCCGGAUUUACACUAGAUCAGUUGUGCCAGUGAAAGUGGACUUCCCCACCCCCUCUCCAGCCCCCUGAAAAGCCUACACAGAGCGCCUAUUUGCUCACCACAAAAGCUUACCAUGCUUAAUUUACCCACAGGGGCUGCAAGUUUCUGGCUUGCUGUGGUUUCUUGUGUCAUGCAAACCCAGCCAGCAGGGGUUGUUUGAGGGUUGUCUAACUUUCAAACAACUUCUGCGACCUGGGUUCACAUGAUAUGACAAGCCACAGCAAGCAUGCUGCCUGCAGACGCCAUGCCAAAAUUACGCCCAUGGCUGCCUGGCACAGUACAACAGCCCCCAGGGUAAAUUAAGCCUCAGUGAGCUGUCAUGUUGUGUGAACCAGGUCAGAGAGUAAGGAGAACCUUACUGUCUUAAGGGGUGCACUAUAGUACCAGAGGAGGGGGUAUCCUAAAAAAAUCCAGAGGAGGGACCUUCUACUUGAAGACUCUUUCCCCUUGAGGAAGUCAGAUCCUGGAUCCAACCUGGUCAGUUUACUUAUCUUUUAUUCCUGCUUCAUCUCAAUGUUAUUUUCUUUCCUUCACUCUUUGUUUUUUCCUUCCAGCCCUUUAUUGCCUGUUUCGUCCUUUUGUGUGUACAGGCAACAAUUUCUCAAAUGCAGCUGUUAUAAUAGAACUUUGCCUGUGAUCUGUACAUUCAUUUUUUGUUCAGCUUACCAAAAUGUCUGGUUGUUUGGUUUUGCAAGAUUUGUUUUCUUCAGGUUUUGAGAAAAGACAAAACUAAUUCCCAGUAGCAUAACCAGCACUGUGACAAUAGAAAUGCAUGUAUUGAGGGUACCAUUGUUGAUAUUGCCUCUAAGAACUAUGCUGCUGCCAACACUCUUCACCCCUCCCCUCAGUAAUAGUGAAGGAUAUGUUCCUAACCAUUAUUGUCAAACGUCUUUCAGCCCAAACUGAAGCUGGGUGGGAUAAAAGGCAAGCGGGGCAGGGGCAGUGACUGUGACUAUGCCUUAGGAGAGUGUAACAGCUGGGAAAUGACCAAAUGAUUGGCAGUCAGGGGAACCCAGAGAUACAGGUUGGAAUGCUAAGUGGGCCGGAGUUUUGACACCCGUGAAUUAUUUAAUAUGUAGCCCUUUAAAAAGAAAAAAAAAUGUGUCAGGCAACUCCUUCAACAUCCCAACAUUUCAAAAAAUAAAUUGUUCUCAUGAUGAGCCUGCCCACUCUCUGAAAUAUUAGGGACUCUUUCUUCCUUUAAUCAGUUUCACUACAGACCAAAAGCUUCCAAUCAGGUACUCCGUUUUACUGCUUUUUUGACUUGUAUGGAACUAGCUUUGCAUGUGCCGUUAUGCAAUUACUUUUAUUGUGCCACUUGCCUGAGCCAGUAACAAAAAGUAGGAAGUCAUUCCUAUUGCUUUUCUGAAAUGAUUGUCUGUGCAGAUCUCACCUAUCUACUCAUAAUUAUAUUUUCUCUGUUCAUUUUUGUGUUUUUCAUGAAACUUCCCAGACCUAUUAUGGAGAGCCACUAAAGUUGGCACUGGUGGAUAACAACUACAGGCCAGAAAUUAGAGAUCAUUGCUGUACAUUCAAGUCCAGAUUGGUGACAUACAUGGUUUUCCUACUGGACGUGAAAGCUUUGAAUGCAUUGGUGAAUAGAUUGGUGCAGAUGUCCAGGACACUGGCAGUCCUGAGAAUUCUUGAAGUAGGCAGUGAUUGCAGGGGAAUGAAACUCCUAUAAGCCUGCCUGCCUGCCUGCCUUGGGCAUGAAUUCAGGAUUGAACUCAGGAACUCUCUCUAAAAAUGUGUACCUUUUGUUAUCAUGGUAGCUUGGUGCUGAUUUUGUCAAACAGUUGCUGUUCCUCCUGUGCUGAUCCUGCUAGCCUAAUUUGAUCACAAGCAAUUGACAAAAGCGACAUCUGGCUUGCCAGCAUGCCAGUCACCUGUUUAAAAAAAGAAAAAGUAGGUUCCCUAGAGAGGGCUGUUGCUGAUUGGCCCUUUCCUUCCCCCUUCUCCCAGGCUGACCAUCACAAGGACAGUAAAUAGCAGAAAGAACACUUGGGAAGCAACAGCAGAAUGGCUUAGAGCACCUGCACACACAGCAUCAGAAGUGUGCCUGCUGGCCUGCAGAUGUUAUGGGAAAGUGGGAGGUUAGAGAAUGUAAGGUUGUCUAUUAGUUCUAUUAAGAGCUACUGCUUACAUAGCAGCCAGGAUUAUCUUCUAGUGAAAUGAUGCUCACUUAAACCAUGUUGGAGCAUUUGUUUGCCUUUUUAAAAACUUGUGCAAAAUGUAUUGAUAUUAACUUUGAACUUCAAGCCCCUCACACAUUUGCAUGGGCUUGUGCAUAUGCAGCACAGCUUGUUACUCUUUUUAAAUGGCAUUCUUCCAUCCUUGCAGUAUCAGCUGUUGCUUGUUAAUUCCCCUGAGGUUUGAAAACACUUUGUAAUGUGGCUCAAAGAAAUUGCUGUUCAGAACAGGAAGUUAAAAAUCUCCAUAUUCCUUGGACUUUGUUUUCCUAAGUAUGACUUUGGAGUGAAGCUACUGAGACAAAACAGAUCAGUUCUCAGCACAUGGUAUCAUGUUUUUUUUAAAAAAACAUCUCUGGUUAAACUCUAUUAUCUGAAAAUAGUUUAUUGAAGUGUAUCAUUUGCGCUCCCUCUCUCUCCUCAUAUAAGAACUCAAGUUGCUGUAGGAAGUAUGUGCAAAUAUUGUAGAACAUUACUGUGAAAAUAUUUAAUAUUUGAUUUAGCCUAUGUAGAUUAAUACUUUGACAAACGUCAUGAAACAUCCUUUCAGUAAGAUUCUCUAUACUCUGUCACAGAAUAGUGUUGAAUAAUAACUGCAGAAAUAUCAAGAUGACUAAGUAAAACUGAAAUGGUUUUUUCCCCCCCACUCUUCAACAAGUAACCAAUUGUCCAGAUGCUGUUCAACCAUUUAAUGGUGUGACCUAAUUUGUUGUCCUUUGUUUGACGUGAGCCCUCCUGUCCAGAGACUUCGUACCUGUACUUAACUGCAUAAAAUGACUUAGCAAUGUGGCCUUGGAAUGUUGAGAAACCUAUGGUUGUACUGGAUGUAAAUGUUUAUAUAUUGUACAGCACACCUUUAUAUAUACUUCUGAGGUUCUGACUAGAAAGACCUGUAAAUCGCUCAUUAUUUUUUAUAUAGAUACAUUAAAAAGAUACUUU